UACUUCCAACCCUGUUCACUACUCGUGAUCCGUGCGAGCAAAGUCUCAUAUCCGUCUGUUGACCAUUGCGCUCGAGUCUCCACGUCUCCGUCGUCAAGCCAUCUGGAAGCUGUCAUCCGUUCCAGGGGCUUUUCCGAAUCAUUUUGGAUCUGUCCUCUAGCGCCCCUCAGUCACUCAACCGAUCCGCUUCCGCCGGUCUGGUGUCCAGUACAUUGGGUCUUGGAAUCUUCGUCGACCCUUCCAAGAUCUCCCCUUCCUCCACCUCUCCUAAACUUGCAGGAAAUUUGUGCAUUCUCCCCCUCCUGCUCGGAUUCCUUCAGAGUGGGCAGCGUCGAAACCACUUUUGGUAUAUCAUCUCUUCCUCGUCCUCUUUCCUUGUCUCUCCUUU